UUAAGAUAAUAAUCUUGCAAAUGUUGGGUAAAGAAUAACAUAGGACGAAACAGUGUUCAGGAGAUCGUAUUUGUUCAAAAAUGGAGGGGCACCAAUCGUCAAAUACUUCGUAUUGACUAGCCCUCUUGGUUUGAAGCGUUGAUAGAAAAAGGCAGCGGUAAUUUUCACAGAUAGAAUUUGCCAAGUAAUCUGCCCCUGUAAGAUACCGAUAUCUCUCUCAUCUUGUUUCAUUUUAAAUCUAUUCGUUGAUAUCUUUUGUUUAUUUGUAUUUUGUUUUUAAUUCUUUUGAACCCCUCUUCCUUUUCAUGCGUAAGUCGCAAUUUGAAUUUCAGAUUGAGAGAGUCAGAGAAGGUGGGGCGAUAUUUUCGAUGAAGUAAUUUAGGGUUUCUCUUUAUUUUUUUUUUAAAUUUUAUUCCAGUACCGGUAAUUCAAAUUUUGGGUUGUGGAUGUUUUAGUUUUCCUUUUUUCCUUCUUCUUCUUCUUCUUCUUCUUCUUUAUUUUGGUGUUUGCGUUGCAAAGGCAGAGAAGAGAAGGAUUGUGCUGUAACAUUGAAUCUUCCGUUUUUGUAUUUAUUUGAUUUAUAUAGAGGAGCUUUAGUUAAUCUGAUUAGAGAUUCUGUGUUUGGGUUUGGUUUUUAGCUUGAAAUAAAAGAUGAUGUUGUCAAAAGUUGACUCUGGGAAGAAGAUAGGUGACGAUUCUGGUAAUAGGAGGUUGUUGAAUGAAAUAGAAGCUAUAAGCAAAGCUCUGUAUUUGGACAAAACCGCUGCACGGAAAGCAAUUGCUUCCCCUAGUUCACGGUCAAAAUCAACAGGAAAAGCCCGUUUUCCUGAACCCAAAUCCGAGCGUAAUGGUAAGUAUGGAAAUGAGGACCCAUCUCGAAAGGACAAGAAAUCCAUUUGGAAUUGGCCCUUGAGAGCUUUUUCACAAGUACGUAACCGGAGGUUUAACUGUUGUUUCACCCUUCAAGUCCACUCCAUCGAGGGAUUGCCUCCUAGUUUCAAUGGCGUUAGUAUUCGUGUGCACUGGAAGAGGCGGGAUGGGGGUUUAGUAACUCGUCCAGUGAAGGUUCUUAAUGGGACGGCUGAAUUUGAGGAGAAGUUGACGCACUCAUGCUUGGUUCAUGGAAGUAGGAGCGGACCUCACCAUUCAGCCAAGUAUGAGGCAAAGCACUUCUUGCUGUAUGCUGCUGUAAACGGAGGACCAGAGCUUGAUUUGGGGAAGCAUCGGGUUGAUCUUACGAGGUUGCUUCCUCUCACGCUGGAGGAAUUGCAGGAUGAAAAGAGCUCCGGGAAGUGGACAACAAGUUUUAGGUUGUCAGGAAAGGCCAAAGGUGCGACCAUGAAUGUUAGUUUUGGAUAUCUGGUAAUUGGGGAUCAUUUUAUUCCCCCUGGAACUAAGCAGAAUGCUGCUGAAGUGUUAAAAGCAAAGGAGAACGAUCUUGAUGUUGUGAAAGCAGUCAAUAAAUCUGAUCAAGGUGGUGGCCAGGGCUCAAUGAGGCGUGCUGGAAGUCUUCCUGCUAUCACUAAUCAGCAAUCAAGUGCUUCAUCACAGUUCAUGGAGGACAUAAAAGAACUUCAUGAAAUUCUGCCAACAUCACAGUCAGAACUAGCCACUUCAGUGAGUGUGCUAUUUCAGAAAUUCGAUGAAGAAAAGAUGAAUCAAUCAGUUCCUUCUGGUGUAGGGUUUGGUAAUGAAAAUCUUGAGCCCCCUUCGUCUCCAGUGGCUGGUUCUGAUAAAGAAGUAAUUGAAAAUGAAUGUGAAGGCAGUGACUUUUCUGUAAUUGAGAGAGGGAUAGAAUUACCUUUAGAGGAACAUAUCAGCUUGGAGGAAUUCCCAAAGAAAGCUUCUGAUAUGGUAGCAAGUCCUGAAGUUGUUGAAGUUGAUACUGGUGUACAAGUAGCUUGUGAAGAGGGCAGUGAACUUCAUCAGCUGAAUGAGGAAAGUGAUAACUGUUUGGAUCAACAUGUGGUGCAUGAUUUCCAUUCUCAAGAGGAUGCCGGAUUUUCAAAAGAAACAUUGAUGAAAGAAUUGGAAUCAGCUUUAGAGAUUGUAUCAAAUUUAGAGACAGCAGCACUAGAUUCUCCUGAAGACCAAGAAGACUAUAUGGAAGUUAAAACAAGUUACAGAUCAAGUCAGAAAGGGAGGUCACUCAGCUUGGAUGAUGUUACUGAAUCUGUGGCGAGUGAAUUCCUAAACAUGCUAGGGAUUGAACACAGCCCAUUUGGUCUGAUGUCUGAGCGGGGAAGCUUGAAUGAGGAUUUUGAACUGUCGUCAGUUAUUCAGGAUGCUGAGAAGGACCAUGAGAUGGCAGCUCAGGUGAUGGAGAACAAAACAGGGGCCACGUUGUUGGAAGACUUAGAAACUGAAGCUUUAAUGCGGGAGUGGGGGUUGAAUGAGAAGGUUUUCCAGUAUUCUCCACCUCACAGAGCUACCACUUCUGCACCAGUUGAUUUAGCUCUUGAAGAGCCACUUGAAUUACCUUCUCUAGGAGAAGGUUUGGGCCCAUUUCUUCAAACAAAGAAUGGAGGGUUUUUGCGGUCUAUGAAUCCCACACUUUUCAAAAAUUCGAAAAAUGCUAGCAACUUGGUCAUGCAAGUUUCUAAUCCAGUUGUGGUGCCUGCCGAAAUGGGUUCUGGUGUUAUGGAGAUACUACAGCAAUUGGCCUCAAUUGGAAUUGAAAAGCUCUCUAUGCAGGCAAAUAAGUUAAUGCCUUUAGAUGAUAUAAUGGGGAAGACCAUGCAACAGGUAGCAUGGGAAGCUGGAGCCAACCUGCCGGAACCUGAUAGAUUGAAUAUAUUGCAGCAUGAAUCUAAUAUUGGGCAAGAUAUAUCUGUUGGGCAAAAGAGACCUUCAGGCAGUUCCUCCCUAUCUAGCAAGCUUAAUUCAAACUCUGGUAAUGAGGGAUGCUCAGAAUAUGUAUCCCUGGAAGAUCUUGCUCCUUUGGCUAUGGAUAAGAUUGAAGCACUUUCGAUAGAGGGAUUGAGAAUACAAUCUGGCAUGUCAAAUGAGGAUGCUCCUUCAAACAUCAGCGCUCGCUCUAUUGGAGAAAUUUCAGCUCUUCAGGGUAGGGGGGUGAACAUAAGUGGGUCCCUUGGUUUGGAGGGAGCUGCUGGAUUGCAAUUGUUGGAUGUAAAGGACAGUGGAGAUGAUGUUGAUGGAUUAAUGGGUCUGUCACUAACUCUUGAUGAAUGGAUGAAGCUGGAUUCUGGUGAAAUUGGUGAUGAGGAUGAGAUCAGUGAGCGUACAUCCAGAAUUCUUGCUGCCCAUAAUGCUAGUUCCUUGGACUUAAUUCGUGGAGGAUCCAAGGGAGAGAGGAGAAGGACGAAAGGACGUGGUCGUAAGUGUGGUUUGUUGGGGAAUAACUUCACUGUGACACUAAUGGUGCAACUUCGUGAUCCUUUACGAAACUAUGAGCCUGUUGGUGCACCGAUGCUUGCUCUGAUUCAAGUAGAGAGAGUUUUUGUCCCACCAAAGCCAAAAAUAUACAGUACGGUCUCAAUGUUGACAGGAAACAGUGAAGAAGAUGAUGAAUCACAGUUAGUGGCGAAAGUGGAAGUAAAGAAUGAGGUAAAAGAAGAAAAGGAGGAAUCAAUUGCUCAGUUUAAAAUUACAGAAGUCCAUGUUGCUGGCUUGAAGUCUGAAUCGGGCAAGAAAAAGCUUUGGGGUAGUGCAACACAGCAACAGUCCGGUUCUCGUUGGUUGGUUGCUAAUGGGAUGGGCAAGAGCAAUAAGCAUCCACUUAUUAAGUCAAAGGCUGUCCCUAAAUCGUCAGCCCCUUCGACAACAAAGGUGCAGCCUGGUGAUACUUUGUGGAGCAUCUCGUCACGAAUUCACGGUACUGGGUCUAAAUGGAAGGAACUGGCAGCACUUAAUCCACAUAUAAGAAAUCCCAAUGUUAUUUUCCCAAAUGAGACAAUCAGAUUGCGUUGAGUCGAAAGAGUUCCAUUCUUUUAUGGAAAAAAUAAUCUAUUUCUCAAUUUGUAUUAUUCCGAUGGAACAAAGGGUAAAGGACUUCCUGAGGGAGGAAAAUUCUACUAUGUCUAUAGUAGAAUAGGCGUACAGUACAGAUGACAGUCUUUAGAAGACUACAAAAAGGCUAAUGGGUUCAGCUUAUUGAGUUCUUGUGUAAAGUUUGGUGAAUCAAUAAUCACCAUCAAAUACAAGAUAAAUACAGGUGAUUUUUGCUACAUCUGCAUUUUUUUUUUUAUAAAUCUUGUGAUAACAUUCCCUUGUGCAUUGAUGUCGAUGUCACUGGAAGGAAUAAUAUUUUGUUUGAUAGCAGUUGUGCAAGCAGCCAAGCACUGAUAGUAGUAUUGAUAGUGAAUCAGAAACUUGAUGUACUUUGAAUGGCCGUAUCGCGGGCACUACAUGAUACUCAUGGAUUUCUGUUUAUGUAAGUUCUAUUCCUUCCUGUACUUGGUUUGAUACUACUGAUAAAAUUGUGGCUUGUACUGGUUAAAAA